AUGAAUGUUUUUAGGGACCUCAACCAGAAGAAAAACCAGCAACAAGCUCGGGGGGUUCAGGAUCUGUAUCUGAUGCUAAACCAAGUAGUUCCACCUCGUCAACAUCAGGAGUAUCAAGUGACAAGUACCGAAACUAUGCNUAUGAACUCGGGACCUCAACCAGAAGAAAAACCAGCAACAAGCUCGGGGGGUUCAGGAUCUGUAUCUGAUGCUAAACCAAGUAGUUCCACCUCGUCAACAUCAGGAGUAUCAAGUGACAAGUACCGAAACUAUGCAGUUGUAGCUGGUGUCGUGACUGGUUUUGGGGCUCUGGGAUGGUACCUUAAAUCAAGGGAAAAGAAAUCGGAAGAGGUUCAAGACUGA